AAUUUCAUCUCGAUCGACUUUUACAUGAUUUCAUCGAUUGCCGCCUCCUUCUAAGAUGACCUCAACGUCUACCACUACUUUAAAACCGGGGCCAAACUCCAUUUCCCAAGAUAUUGGGGUCAUUGGUAAGCAUGGGUAACUACCUACUACAUACUUCAUCUCUACACGAUGCAAACCAAAACCCGGAGCAAAACGGAGUAAAGCUUCCCAUGCGCCAAUCUGUCUUAUACGCCCUUGACCUAUGCACCUAAGCUCGAACAAGAACAAACUGCUUGAUUCAUGACGCGCUUCCUACUAUGCAGUAGCGUUUAAUUCCUUAUAAACCGUAUCUGAAGAAGCCCUUGAGGCGAAAAGGGAAAAAAACUGAAUUGCCUCCCCACGGCCUCUUUGCUCCGUCUUCGUAUCAUACACUUUAUAUCCUCAAGUCUCUCCUAACGCUCCGUAAUACCUUCGUCCCAAUGGUUUCCAAAAGAAAUAAGUCGUCGGUUGCUGUUCAGCAACAGGACUCUCAUACAGAGAUCCAAUUCGACUUAGACCGCCCGAAUCUUACUACGCGAAGGUCAGGGCGUAUCGUCAGGCAAAAAAUCCAGGAAUUGCAUUCCGAGGAUAAGCCAAUUAGUGACGUAAGUGCGAACUUGGCGUCGAAUCAACCCAAGGGUAAGAAGAAGAAAAUGUUGGAGGAUUUAGGGGAUGUUUCGGGGGCCAUGAAUGGCCUUCGGGCGAUGGAGAACAACUUUCGGGAGUCGGUAAAACGACAAAAGAUAGCACUGAAUGAGAGUUCGGUGAUGGAGGGCGGGAAGAUCGAAGAUGAAGAUGCAGCCUUCAUGCCGAGACCCUCCAAAGCUAUGCCGGAUCUAAUCCCCGAGGAAUUUCAGAAGAGAGGUCUACAGGAUAAGCAGAAAAGAAAUGAUCUAAAAAUGCGAAGUUCCCACGCCGAUCACGCAAGCGAGGUCUACCCGGAAGGAGAACCAUGUGACAGGGACGGAGGUGGUGAUAUAGGAGCGGAGGAAGUCGAUGUCGCUACCAUCAAGCAGGAAGGUUCGAGGCCGCCGCCCGUUCAUAGCGAGUAUCUACCGUUGCCAUGGAAAGGCAGAUUGGGCUAUGCAUGCCUCAAUACGUAUCUACGGCUGUCGAAUCCACCGGUAUUCAGUUCCAGAACCUGCCGAAUAGCUUCCAUCUUAGAGCAUCGUCACCCUCUACAAGAUCCUUCCCAGCCUGAGCAUCCAACCAAGAAUCGACCAGAUAAAGACGAACCCGCCGAUGUUGCCCGAGGUCAGAGACAUGUGGAGGCCCUUGGUCUGGCCAAUGCACGUGAUAUCGUGAAAAUGAUUCGCUGGAACGAUAAAUAUGGCAUUAAGUUCAUGCGUCUGAGUUCGGAGAUGUUCCCCUUCGCUAGCCAUGAAGAGUAUGGGUAUAAACUUGCCCCUUUCGCCUCCGAGGUACUUGCAGAGGCUGGAAAGGUUGCGGCUGAGCUCGGCCAUCGACUUACCACUCAUCCCGGACAGUUUACGCAACUUGGAUCACCGCGGAAAGAGGUUGUCCUGAAUGCUGCUCGAGACUUGGAGUACCAUGACGAACUGCUGUCGCUCCUACGCCUACCAGAGCAAGCGAACAAAGACGCUGUCAUGAUUUUGCACAUGGGUGGCGUAUUUGGUGAUAAGGCGGCCACUCUCGACCGAUUUAGAGCCAAUUACAUGCUACUAUCGCCAAGCAUCCAAGCAAGACUGGUGCUGGAAAACGACGAUGUGUCAUGGACUGUACACGAUCUGCUCCCAAUAUGCGAAGAACUGAACAUCCCACUCGUCUUGGAUUUUCACCACCACAAUAUCUUGUUCGAUAAGGACAGUGUCCGUGAAGGUACUAAGGAUAUCAUGGACCUCUAUCCCCGAAUAAAGGCCACAUGGGACAGAAAAGGCAUCACGCAGAAGAUGCACUACAGCGAGCCUUGCGCCGAGGCCGUGACCCCCCGGCAGCGCCGCAAGCAUCGACCCCGCGUGAUGACGCUUCCACCGUGCCCGGAUACGAUGGAUCUCAUGAUCGAAGCCAAGGACAAAGAACAGGCCGUCUUCGACCUCAUGCGCAACUUCCGCCUCCCUGGCUGGGACCGCAUCAACGACGUGAUCCCCUACGAGCGCGACGACGAUAACAGGCCCUUACCCGUCCCACCGAAGAAGAAGAAGGCAUCGCCCCGUCGCAAGAACAAGAAGAGCGCUGAUGGCGAAGCGGAGGUAGAGCCGGAAGUCGAACAGCCUCCUCCGCCCCCGACGAAGGCCGAGGUACCCGAAGAGGAGGUGGGGAUGGGAGGCCCGGAGAAUAGGGUGUACUGGCCCCUGGGCAUGGAGGAGUGGCUAAGGCCGAGGAAGAGGGAGGUUAAGAAGAAGGGGAAGGGUGAGGUGGAGGAGGAUGAGUAGAUGCCUACCUACAUUGGUACUUACCUACCCAAGGUUAACUGAUGAUUGGGUCAGGGCUCGCAGUGUACUAACAUUUGGGGAUUGUUUUCUUUGAGUCUGUAAUCUGUAUUGUGUACUCGUUUUCCAUGUACGAUAUGUGGUCGUCUUACUGGAUUCUCGUCGGAUUUUACUCACUUGGAUUAAAACAGGGGAAAGGAGUAUGGGGAAAUGGGCACCUAAGUAGGUAUGUAUAGAACUACGCGUCUUUAGCGUCGUGAGCUUGCUGUUAGGUACUGGGACUUUGGGAUGAUGGGAUGUGAUGUGACAUGAUGGCAUUCCCGGGUACUAGGCAGGUACCUAGGCACGAUACGACUUUACCGCUAUACGGUACUUCGUAAUUCAUCCAUGGAAGAUAUCUACCAUAUGGUAUCUGCCUUGGUAUGAUGAAACGAGUUGCUGGUGCUUCCAGGGCGGCGACGCCGAUGGCGAGUGCUGUGUCCCUACCUACCCCGUCAUACCAGGCACCACAGCUCAGCGCUGGAGCUCGACCAGGCACCGUCCGUAGGAGGGGUUAUUUACUUGUGUCGUGUAUUCGUACCUACCUACCUACCUACCUACCUAGGCAGAUAGCAGCACAUAUAGCUGUGUUAUGUUACCUACCUACAUAUGGCCUGUUUCA